AUGGAUUGCUGCAACAACAUCUGCGGCGUUGUCCUUACCAGGCGCCAUGCAGAAAACUACCUCCAGCUCACUCGAAGUUUUCACAACAAUGCUACAUACAUGCUGGGCUGCGACAACAAAUCUGGCGUAACAGGCCAAAAGCAAGACACUUGGUCGCUCCGCUUGGCCCGACAUCCAGACCCCCUGGAUGCAAAGAUCACAGACAUGAAGGCGAGAAUACAGUCGCGCCACGUGAGCCCCGUCGAAGACUGGAAGAGGAUCAAGUACGAGUCUGCACCGAUCUAUGAGAUGAGAAAUUGGUCCUCGCACGAAUUUGGGAAGCGGGGCGGUACCCUGGGGGAAGAGAACCAAAAGUUCAAGGGAUUACAAGAGGCAUACGAGAGUCUCCUCCCAACUCUCGAGGAAUUGCUGUCGAAGCUCAAAUCGGGGCUUGAGGACAAAGCCGCUUGGGCAGGAAAAUACGAUGGCGGUCCAGCUGGAAAGGCAGCAGCCCAUGAGAAGCUGGAGGCCAAGAGGAAGCAAGAGGAGAUCAACACUGCUGCUCAGUUGGCUCGAAUAAAGAAUGGCGGGGACGCAUGGGGAUGCGAGGAAUGGGUUGUGGCGGAGGAUGCUGGAGAAGAACGGGCUAGUGACCCUGAGGAACUUCCGGCUACGGUCACGUGCACCAACCCCGACGAAGGCCUGUGAAGCUCAGCAUCAGAUACCGACGACGAUUCGUUGGACUGUAAUAACGACUUCCCGCCUACAUCGACGCACCACGACUACGAAUCCGGGUACGAUUCCGGGUUUGAAGACAACGUUGACGCCACGAGUUUGACGUGCGAGUCCUGUGGGCACGCGAACACCUCCAUGCUGCAGCAUGCCGCAGCCCUAGAACCAGUAUGUAGGAAUUGAAGAUUACCAGGCUCGGCCCGUUAGCGGCACGAAACAUCCGAUGCACCUCCACUCUAUGUGAAGAAGUGAUGUGGCUUUGCGCACCCGACCACCCCUGUCUAGUCUGUUUCAAGACCAUUCAGACCGCAAAUUUCCUGAGAC